AUGGACCCGGUCAUCACACAGGAGCUGACCCGCGCUGAGAGCCAGCAGGAUGCCGCCGCCCUAAGGAGGGCUUACGAGCUGAUCAAGUCCGCUAACCUGGGCAAGUCCGAGUUCGACCCCAGCGAGAGCUUCAGCCCCGACCUGUUCGUUCUGUGCGCGGAGCAGGCCCUGAAGAUGGGGCAGCCGGAGGUGAGCGAGGACUGCAUCCAGAUGUACUUCAAGGUGAAGGGGCCGGUCACCCAGUUCCUGGGCCGCGCGCACCUGUGCAGGGCCCAGCUGUGUGCCCCCAAGUCCACGGACAACCUGGAGGAGUUUGAAAAUUGUGUGACUCAGUACAUGAAGGCCAUCAGCUUCGCCAAAGGGGAACCCAGGUAUUACUUCCUGGUCUUCAACGCCUCCGUCCUCUACUGGCAAAUGGCGAGGCCCUUCCUGAAGCCAGGGUACCACCACCACCUGAUCCCCAGCCUCUCCCAAAUCGUGAGCGCGUUGAACCAGACGCAGGACGAGGAUGAGGACUGGCAGGCGGAGCUGAUGCUGGAGCUCCUGGAGUGCUACCUGCAGGCCGGGAAGAGGGAGGAGGCCGCCGCGUUCUGCGCCACCGCCGCGCCCUUCGUGAAGGCCCACGCGCCGCACCGGUACCGGCAGGUGUUUGCCGCCAUGGUGCGGCACGGCCUGGUGAGCGAGCUGCAGCUGAAGGAGGAGAGGAAGUCGUCCGUCGGCCUGUCCGUCACGUUCCUCAUCAGCCAGCUGCAAGGAAAACUGGAUAAAAACGAUUUACCUGAAGACGUCGACAAGGUGCUGAAGGGGGCCUAUAAGCAACUAGGCCAGUACAACCCCCAGCGCGGCCCCGCGAUCGCGGAGGAGAAAGCCCUUGUGCUCUUUGAGCUGGCGCAUCUUGCUCUGACCUUGAAAAGUGAGGACGUCUCCUCCAGCUGCCUCGCAGACUUGAAGAAUAUGGCCGGCAAAGACCCCGGGAAGCUCAUCGAGACCGAGUGCCUGGAGUGCGAGCUGGAGGCGCUGAGGCUGGAGAGCAAAGUGAAAACCUACGCCCGGGCGGCCGUGGAGACCCAGCUGAGCAUCGUGCAGAGACUGGACGUCGCGCUGCAGCGCGCCAUCGGCCUGGGCGACCCGCAGGUCAUCCACGUGGUGUGCACCACCCAGUGGAACCUGUGCCUCCCUCUCCUGCAGCACAACCUGCGGCAGCGCCUGCGGCAGCCGCUGACCAGGAUCGCGGAGAUCCUGGAGAAGGUGGACAGCCUCGAGGUCCUGCUGCGCUGCCAGGUGCACAGGGAGCUGGCCCACAUCGAGGAGGAUGAGGACCGGCUGGAGCCCGCCAUGCAGCACCUGACCAAGGCCAUGCGGCUGGACAGCUCCGGCCUGUACCAGGAGCGGCUGCGGACGGCCUUCAACCGGCUGCACCUCUGCUCCAUGCUCUACCAGAGCCCCGAGCGCGCCGAGGACAAGGCCACCAUGGCCAUCGAGCAGGCCAAGAAAGCCACCCCCAAGGACAGUGUCCGGAAGAAGCGGGCCCUCCUGGUGAACGCGGGCCUGGCCCUGGCGCCCGACGCCUUCCAGAUCGUGCUGGACAGCGAGAAUGAGGCCAAGGUCUCCACCGGGAAGAGCAGGAGCCGCUUCGCCCCGCUCUUCGCCAGGGCCCGGCACCACAUGGUCAGCGUGGAGAAGGCCAACGGGCACUUGCGGCGUCUGGGGAGCGAGAACGAGAAGGAGAGAGUGCAGAUCUGGGCGGAGCUCGCCAAGGUGGCCCGGAAGCAAGGCGUGUGGGACGUGUGCCGGGCGGCCUGCCGCUUCUGCCUGCUCUACGACAGCGUCAAGGCCAAGAAGCUCUCGCGGAUGAAGCGAGGGAGGAGGCGGCGGGCCGGGGACAGCCUGGGGCACGAGUCCAGGGCCCAGUCCCUGGCGCUGCUGCGGGUGCCGGGCUCGCCGGCGCUGCUGCGGAAGUUCGCGGAGGUGGGCUUCAUCAACGCCGAGGCCACCGUCCACUUGCUGUGGUCGGAAGGUGUGGGGCUCAACGACCACCCCAGCCCCCCCGAGGACCUGAGCCAGCACGCGGCUGGCUACACGCUGGAGUUGCCCGAGGACAACUCGGAGUGGGUCACGUACAGGACCUGGGUGGAGAGCCUGUCGCAGUACGCCAUGAGCAGCUGGCUGCGCUCGGCCGAGCUGGGGCAGGAGAUGCAGGAGGCCUGGGUCGUGCAGAACGCCGUGGUCUACGUCCUGAACCACAACCACCACCUCAUCGCCGCCGGGCGGCAGAAGGAGCUGGUGGACCCCUUGUACCGGCUCCUGAGCAUCGUCCAGGCCGUCGGCCACAACGGCGACCCCGCGCUGCUGGCCGCGCUCUGCAACGCCCUGGCCCGGGGCCUGAUCCUCGGCUGGAUCCCGGCCCAGACGCCCGAGAAGGCCAAGCGGCCGGUGCGGCCCAACGCCUUCCACAGCCCCCUGGACUCCGAGGCCGCCUCCGAAGUCAGGACCGCCGUGGAGGUCUGCGAGUUCGCCCUGAGCCUGACCAAUGGGGCGGUGCCCGAGGACACGGUGCCCACAGAGGCCCGGCAGCAGCUCAUCGCCACCUGGGUGAAGGCCAAGCAGCUGCUGCAGCAGCAGAUCGGGUCCCGGCUGGGCGUGGACGACCAGAGCGCCAGCGAGGACAUCAGCUCUGUGACCAAAGUCCUCGUCGCCCUGGAGAUGUACUCCUGCAACGGGCUGGGCCUCAUGGACUUCACCGUGCCGCCCCUGGCCCAGCUGGUGAAGAUGGCCUCCGCGUGCACCUGGGCGGAGCCCCUGGUGGAGCUGCAGACCCUGGCCCGCCUGAGCCACUUCGCCUACGCCGCCCGCGACCACGAGACCACCAUGGCGUGCGCGAAGAAGGCCGUGCAGAUGGGCGUGCGGUGCCUGCGGCAGCUCAGUCCGGUCCAGCAGCAGCUGGCCGCGGAGGCGCUGAGCGCCGCCACCUGCAUCCAGGGCCGCAGCAUCGUGGAGAACCUGAAGGGGCGGAAGCAGCUGCGCCUGGUGGCUGCCAAGGCGUUCACGGAGAGCGUGAGGUUCGGGGGCAUCGCGCAGAGCAGCCCGCUGGUGAUGCUGGCCGCCCGGCACUACUGGAACAGCCAGCUGCCGCUGCUGUCCUCCACCGCCAGCAGGAAGGAAGCCAAGAGCGCCAUCCAGAGGAUCGUCGCCGUCAUCAACAAGGUGGAGGCCAAGAAGCAGGACACGGGGAGCGUGCUGCUCCUGCACCAGUGGCCGACCGCGGACUUCCAGGGCGGAGGCACCCCGGAAGGCUCCUUCCUCCCAGGGGCCGAGGACGACCUGAGUCUGCGCGCCGCCCUCUACGGGGUGCUGUUCCACUGCCACGCGGACCAGGGCGACUGGGAGGGCGGCCUGAAGGUGCUGGAGGAGGCCGUGCAGGUGCUGCCGCGGACGGCCCACCGCCUCUUGAUUUUCAAGCACAUGGUCCUCGUGAAGGCCAGGCUCGGCCUGAACUACACGAUGGAGAUGCAGAAGUUCAAGGACGAGAGUGAGGACUACGUGGCCCACAUGUGGCACCGCCUGGCCUUGAACUCGAAGAACGUCUAUGGGGAGCUGACCUGCUACCAGAACGCAAUCCAAGCCCUGCAGAAGCCAGAGAGCGAGUGGCAGAAGGUGGACUGCGUCACGGAGUUCGGCGAGUGGCUGUACUGCCGGCAGUUCCCCCUGGACGACGUGGCCUUCCACCUGAACUGGGCCGUGGACAUCGUGCUGGCGAUGGCGCCUGCCCGGGAGGCCCCGGAGCCCGCAGGGGAGCUCUCGCCCACGCCGGCCGACCCGGAGCCGCCAGGGCCUGCGGACGUGGGGCCGGUCUCCUUGGAGAAGCUGCGCAGUGUGAGGCAGCUGGAGGCCCUGGCCCGCAUCCACGUCCUGCUGGCCCUGACCGUGUCCCCCAGCUCUGCCAGCUACCAGGACUGCUGCCUCCUGGCGUACACCGCCGUCCGGCGCAUCUGGCAGGUGUCCUUAGCGACGGCAGGAAGAUCCUUUUCAGAAAGUAAGCUUCCAGCAGAAGCUAGUUCCCUUUUUUUGUUGCCUAAAAAAGACAAGGAGAAGGUCAAGGACAAGGAGAAGGACAAGGAGAAGGUCAAGGACAAGGACAAGGAGAAGGAGAAGGUCAAAGACCUGAAGCUGGUAACUCGUCCCUCCCAGAGGUGCAGGCGGGACCCCCCCGCCCCACAGCCCCAAAUCCCGGCUCUCGGCCGGGAGCCGGGGGAAGUCCCAACGAGCGUGGAGGCCUGGGCUUCCUACUUCUGCCCGGAAGAGGUGACGGCCAUGUUCAAGCAGGACCGCAGCGACUCCACCGUCAACGCCGCCAGCAUCCAGAGGCCGACGUACACGCUGUACUUCCUGGACCAGCUGGUCGCGGCCCUGCGGAAGCUGUCCCUGCACGAGCUCACCGUCCCGGUGCUGCAGCUGGGGGCCCUGGUUUCGGCCUGCGUCGUGGACAGCAAGAGCCUCGCAGACCUCUACCACCUCCGGCUCGCCCUGGUCUGCUCGGAGCUGAAGCUGAGGGACGCCGCCGCCUCCCACGAGGACGCCGUGGGGCAGGCCUACAUCGCUGAGGCGGAGCAGGCCAGCUACAGGAAGGAGAUCGCCCUGAGGAAGGAGAAGAGCCGGGAGCCGCUGCGAGACGAGAGUCUGGGGGCGCUGACCGAGCCCUCCAGCGGCGGGGUGUCCGUGGAGACGAAGCCACUCACGGCCCAGGAGCAGGUUCUGCGGGUGAACGCUGAGACCGGGAGAGGCCUGGACGGCACGUCCCUCCCGCAGCUGUGGGCCCUCAAGGCCGAAGUUCUGCUGGAGCUGGACCUGUGCCAGCCGGCGCGGCUGCUGCUGGCCGAGGCCCGCCAGGCCUUCCAGGAGCUGGAGGACCCUUGCGCAGAAGCCAAGUGCCUGCUCCUCCUGGCGCAGCUGGCCAACAGGGAGAGAAACUACGGCCAAGCCAAGAAGAUGGUCUGGCACGCCCAGCACCUGGGCGGCGGCGAGGAGUUCUGGUACCGCUCCACCCUGACCCUGGCGGACACGCUCGUGGCCGCGGAGGAGGAGGGACAGAAAGCGACGGUCUGCCAGCUCUUCCAGGAGCUCAGCGGGACCUUCCGGGAGCUGCAGCAGGAGAGACCUAACCGAGCCCCCGUCCUGGAGUUCAUGGCCACGGACCUGGAGGCCAGGUGCCUCAGUCUCCGGGCCCGGGCCGCCCGGGCGUCGGCCGGCAGGGAGCCGGCGGAGCUCCCGUCGCUGCUGGAGGAGCUGGGCGACCGCCUGUCGGAGGUGGAGGAGAAGCUGGUCAGCUGCGGCUGCAGAGAGGGCCGCGUGGACGUGAUGCUGGAGCGGGUGCAGCUGAAGAGGCUGUGGGCCCAGAGCGAGCCGGACGAGGAGCAGCGGACAGGGCGCCAGCUGGAGGCCUACGGCCUGGCCCAGGACGCCGUGGCCGAGGCAGAGCAGCUGCUGCACGGCGUCCAGAGCCUCCUGUCCCUGCACCAGGCGCAGAGCGUGAACACGCCGCUGAUGCGGAAGCUGGCGCGCCUCAAGCUGACCCUGGUGGAGGUGGCCCUGGACACGCUGCAGCUGGUGCGGGAGCGGCCCCUGGAGCAGGGCUCCCUGGAAAAGCUGCUGGCCGACUACCUGCACAGCUCCAGCGACUACACCGCCACGGGCCUGAAGUGGCGCACGCUGCGGCGCACCCUGGCCCACGUGGUGCUGGCCCAGCUGGGGAGCGUGCAGCCGCUGAGUGUGGGCUGCGCGGAGAUCCGCGCGCGGCUCCUGGGCCUGGCGGGGAAGGCCCUGCACCUGCUGGCCCUGCGGACGGACCCGGUGCCCCCGACCUCCUACUGGCAGGAGGGCCUCCUGGUGGGCGCGCAGACGAGCAGCCUCAGGUGUGUGCAGAUCCUCCCGGAGAAUGGGGACGGGCGGCGGCAGCAGCGCGGCAGCAGCCAGCGGGCGCGCAGGAAGGCCCCGGGCGAGCAGGAGCGCCGGAAAGGCUCUGAUCUGAAGAAGAGGAAGGCGCUGGCCCGGCGGUACCUGGCCCAGGCGUCGGAGGUGCUAAUGCAGAGCCUGCAGGUCGCCCUGGGCAACGGACUCCUGGAGGUGGCGGCAGCCGCCAGCCUACAGACGGUGGAGUGUGUCGGCGUGCAGGACCCCGAGUCUGCCUGCCAGUUCCUGGCGCUGUCCCAGAGUUGCUCGGCCUCGGAGACCAUGCGGAGCGUGCUACUCGCUGCCAUGGCCGACACCAGCAGCUCGCAAGCUGCGGCCCUGCUGCACCUCCAUCGCGGGCUGCGGCUCCAGGAGCGCACCUCCGCCCGCCUGCUCGCCAGCGUGGAGCAGCGGCUGGCCGCCGUUUCCAAGGCUUGGCAGAACCUCCAGGUCACGGAACAACACUUCAACCUCUUCAGUGAGGUUCCUCCCGCUUUUCGGGUGCUCUUUCUGCACCACUCCCCUGACAGGACUCACCUCUACGGCGCCGCCUACGAGACACACAGGCCCACCCCCACGGCCAGAGGGAAGGCGUUCCACAUGGGGGGCUUCUGCAAGGUGGCCCGGGUGGCCGUGAGUCCAGCCGCCUUCUCUGACCUGUUGGCCAGUGCCCAGCAGUUCCGGGAGCAGAACCAGGCGGAAGUGGGCAGUGAGGCCAUGGCCCCGAAACCAGGCCUGGAGGCAGGAGGUGUGCGCCCCGAGACGCAGGGGGGUCUUUUCCCGAGACUCGGCGACGUGCUGGCGGCCACGGAGGAGUACCUGCGCCCGCUGCUCCCACUGCUCCGCGGCUUCGAGGCCAGAAUCCAGGUUCCCACGGCCGCUGCGGACCCGGGGAAACCAAAGGGCAAGGACAAAGAGCAGAAGCUGUCCCUGUCACCCCAGGUCCAGCGUGUCCCGGGGCCAGACGGCCGAGGCCGCGAGCAGGUGUCCGACACUGGCCUGCAGCUGCCGUUCCCGCCCCUGGCCCCGCCCGAGGCCGCGGACACCGUGGUCCUCCUCGUGGACCGGCCGCUCCUGGAGCUGCCCCUGGAGGGCCUGGCGGCCUUCAGGGAGGGCCCGGUCUCCUCCGUGUCGCGGGACUUCUCCCUCCAGAUGCUGUGCAACCGGCUGCACCGGGACGAGGCAGACGCGGCCGGGGCCAAGGACGCCAAAGGCAAAGAGCUCAAGAAGCGCAGCCCAGCAAAGAGGGGCCCGAAGGGCGUCGCGCCCCGGAGCGUCCCCUCCAGCUGCGUCACCGUGGACUCGGACAAUUUCAAGUUCAUCGUGGACCCCUACGAGGAGGCCCAGGGCCCAGAGAUGCCAACUCCCAUCGCCGUGACCCGGGAGAUCCUGGAGAAGUUCAGGGACACCUUCGCCGCGCGCUGGACGGGGCACCUGGGCAAAAGGCCCUUCCCCAGCCAGGCCCAGUGGGAGCAGGCCCUGGGCAGCUGCUCCGGCUUCCUCUUCCACGGGAUGGAGCGCUUCCUGUCGCACCUGUCGGUGGAGCGGCUGGCGGCCAUGAACCUACAGGACUGCCAGCUGAUGGUCCUGCUGGACCUCAGCCGGACCCACGAGAGCCUGCGGCGGACCAUGGAGGCUUCGGAGUGCAAGAGCGCCCUGGAGAUGUCCCUGGAGGAGCCCGUGGAGGCCGCCGUCCUGCUGAGCCUGGCGGGGGUCCGGAGCGUCCUGGCGAACCAGUGGUGGACGACCCUGCAGGACAACGCGCUGCGGGCCGGCGUCCUGUGGGAGAAUCUGCUGACUGUCGGUAAGCCAGCUGGGAAAGCGGUUCGCCUCCUUCAGACGAUGGAAGCUGAGGAAGUGGUGGGCGACGAUGAGGCUCUGCAGACCCCCAAGGACAGGAGGCUGUCCCGGCCUGCACCGCGCAGCUCCGACUGGCUCUCCGUCAGCCUCAACCUGGUGCUGUACGGGCUGCCGCACCAGGCCAUCGUGUGACCCUCCCCACCCGCCCGCCGUGCGCCCUGGGGCACCCUUCUCCAGGGGCCU